CCCGAAUCUCAUACUUCAACAUUCAAACGCAGAAUGACGCCCCAACACACUCCGCAGAAAAUGCGUCUGCUCAGCCUAUCAACGAGUACGAAGACGCCGAAAAGAAUUUCAAGCCCAAGUCCAUCAAUUUUUGGACAGUCUUAGUUGGCAUGUACAUGUCAUUUUUCCUGGUCGCGCUGGACCGCCUAAUAAUUGCAACUGCCAUCCCCACUAUCACCGCCGAAUUCGAUUCUAUCCAAGACAUCGGCUGGUAUGGCAGCGCAUACAUGCUGACCGCUGCUUGCUUCUUUCCCAUCUUUGGUCGCGUCUACCAGCUCUACUUAACAAAGCAUGUCUUCCUCGUCUCAAUUAUCAUCUUCGAGACUGGAUCUGCGCUUUGUGGCGGUGCUCCCAAUUCGACAGCAUUCAUCGUUGGACGCGCCAUCGCAGGGCUUGGCUCCGCUGGAAUCUUUUCCGGUGCUACCUUAAUCAUCCUCCCGCUUGUACCGCUCCGCAAACGGCCCAUCUUCACAAGCUUGUUCGGGUUAGCUUUUGGUGUCUCGUCGGUACUUGGGCCCAUCGUUGGCGGCGCCUUGACUGAUUCUGUAUCUUGGCGAUGGUGUUUCUACAUUAAUCUGCCUGUGGGCGGCUUCUCCUUCAUCGUCGUAUUCCUCUUGCUCAAAGUUGAAUCACCAAAACGCACAAAGCUUUCUUUACUAUCCCAGUUUCAACGCCUUGAUCCUGUUGGAGCAUCCUUCUUCAUGCCAUCCAUGGUGUGUCUUGUUCUCGCACUGCAAUGGGGAGGCUCCACAGAUGCAUGGGACGCGCCCAAAAUCAUCGGUCUUCUUGUCACCUUCGCUGUCCUCUUUGUCGCAUUCAUCAUCGUGGAGGUGAUGAUGCCAGAAACUGCCAUGGCACCCACUCGAAUCGUGUUCAACCGUUCAGUUGCGGGAAGCAUGUCAUUCAUGUUUUUCGUCUCAGGCAGCAUGAUGUCCGCCAUUUACUACUUGACUAUCUGGUUUCAAACAGUCAAAGGCAGCUCGGCAACCCAUGCAGGCAUCCACACGCUCCCUCUGCUACUGUCCAUGAUCAUCUUCGGCAUCGUGGCCGCAGUGUUUACACAAAAAGUCGGAUACUACGUUCCGGCUAUGCUGGUAUCCCCUGUUCUUAGCGCUAUCGGUGCUGGGUUGCUAUCAACUCUUUCGCCGGACUCAAAUCAUAGUCGCUGGAUGGGAUAUCAGGUACUCUACGGUAUUGGGCUCGGCUGCGGGAUGCAGACCUCCACUCUGGUUGUACAGACCGUCUUACCACGAGGCGACGUACCUAUCGGCAUGGCCCUUAUGUUCUUCAUGCAGCAGCUCGGCGGCGCGAUCUUCAUCGCUGUCGGCCAAAACAUCUUCGCAAGCGAGCUUGUUGAUAGGCUCUCGGGCGUCGCAGGUCUCGAUACGGCAAAAAUCAUCAACAGUGGCGCCACCGAUCUACACAAGAUUGUGCCAUUAAGCCAGAUCGGUACCGUCAUUGAUGCAUAUAACUAUGCAUUGACCCGAGUAUUUAUCUUAGCUGCUGCACUUAGUGCAUGUAUGAUCAUUGGUGCACUGGCAGUGGAAUGGAGGAGUAUCAAGGGUGCCAAAGGGGGGACUGCGAAAGGCACGGAGAUAAAUGUAGAAGAAGGCAAUGUCGAGGCUAAGGUGUAAGUAUCAACAAGGGUAUCAAAGAUUAAACAAUAUUCCUGUAGGGUCUGUAGUCUGGUAGAUAGCGUUAUCGGUGUUACAAACUAUAUUAUGUCC